GCACGUAUGUUGUCGGGCUGGAGAUUUCGCGGCGAUGGCGACCGAGGCUCGGCGCUGGAAGGGGACGUAUUGAAAGCGAGGCUUUGGCUUGGAUAUGACGAAUGCGUAUUUGUUGGAGAUUGCUUUGCUCUUCAGUUAUUCCAUUGGCUUCGGAUAAAUCCUCGGCCGCGGACUUCUCAACACUCCUCUGACUGAUUUCCACGUCUUCCUUGUUAGAAUUUCCGAACAGAUUAACCAGGACUGCAAACUGAUCCGUGCCAACCUUCUGCAACAUAACCGAGCCGGAGUUCCUCCCUGGGAGACCCACACUCCUUCACAGGGGCCAUGGAGGAGGAGGGGCAGCAGAGCCUGGAGUGCAUCCAGGCCAAUCAGAUCUUCCCCAAGAAGUCCCCAGUGCUGGAGGAGGAAAACAUGCAGGUGCCCUUUCCCGAGCUGCACGGGGAGUUCACAGAGUAUGUCGGGCGAGCGGAGGACGCCAUCAUCGCAAUGUCCAACUAUCGCCUACACAUAAAGUUCAAGGAGUCCGUUGUCAACGUCCCCCUCCAGCUGAUUGAGUGUGUGGAGUGUCGGGACAUGUUUCAGCUUCAUGUCACCUGUAAGGACUGCAAGGUCGUCAGGUGUCAGUUCUCCACCUUCGAGCAGUGCCAGGAGUGGCUGAAGCGUUUAAACUCUGUCGUCCGGCCGCCGUCCCGCCUGGAGGACCUGUUCUCCUUCGCCUUCCACGCUUGGUGCAUGGAGGUGUACGCCGGGGAGAAGGAGCAGCACGGCGAGCUGUGCAGACCAGGAGAACAUGUGACCUCGUGGUUCAAGAACGAGGUGGAGAGGAUGGGCUUCGACACUCAGAAUGCCUGGAGGAUAUCGGACAUCAACAGCAAGUUCAGGCUUUGCCCCAGCUAUCCUCAGCAGCUGCUGGUGCCAGCCUGGAUCACCGACAAGGAGCUGGAAAAUGUGGCCGCCUUCCGUUCCUGGAAAAGGUUUCCUGCCGUGGUUUACAGGCACCAGAGCACCGGUGCUGUGAUCGCCCGCUGCGGCCAGCCAGAAGUCAGCUGGUGGGGAUGGAGGAAUGCCGACGACGAGCACCUGGUGCAGUCCAUCGCCAAGGCCUGCGCCGUGGACGGCAGCGGCCGCAAACAUCUUACCAACGGCGGCUACACCAACGGCUCAGACCUGCCCGAUACGGAUUUCGAAUCCUCCAUGACCAAUAGUUCAGAGGUGGAGACUCUGGCCAUCCAGCCCCACAAGCUGCUGAUCCUGGAUGCUAGGUCGUACGCGGCGGCGGUGGCUAACAGGGCCAAGGGGGGAGGCUGCGAGUGCCCAGAGUACUAUCCCAACUGUGAGGUUGUAUUCAUGGGAAUGGCCAACAUUCACUCCAUCCGCAAGAGUUUCCAGUCACUACGUUUCCUCUGCACUCAGAUGCCUGACCCAGCCAACUGGCUGUCUGCGCUGGAGAGCACCAAGUGGCUGCAGCACCUGUCUCUGCUGCUGAAGGCGGCCCUGCUGGUGGUCAAUGCGGUGGACAGAGACCACCGGCCCGUCCUGGUGCAUUGCUCCGACGGAUGGGACCGCACACCGCAGAUUGCUGCUCUGUCCAAGCUGCUCUUGGACCCGUACUAUCGCACCAUCGAGGGCUUCCAGGUUUUGGUGGAAACGGAAUGGCUGGACUUUGGCCAUAAGUUUGCAGACCGCUGUGGUCACGGGGAGAACUCUGAGGACCUGAACGAGCGCUGCCCCGUCUUCCUGCAGUGGCUGGACUGCGUUCAUCAGCUGCAGAGGCAGUUCCCAUGCUCCUUCGAGUUCAAUGAGGCCUUCCUGGUGAAGCUGGUGCAGCACAGCUACUCCUGCCUGUUUGGCACCUUCCUGUGCAACAGCGGCAAGGAGAGGGAGGACCGGCACGUUCAGGAGAGAACCUGCUCCGUGUGGUCGCUGCUGCGGCCAGCCAACCGCACCCUGAGGAACAUGCUGUACUCCUCCCACUCUGAAACCGUUCUUCACCCAGUUUGUCAUGUGCGGAACCUGAUGCUGUGGACCGCAGUUUAUCUGCCCAGCUCUUCUCCCACCACCCCCUCUGACGACUCCUGUGCUCCCUACCCUGUGCCCGGUGCCAACCCGGAGGAUGCGCCCCUGGGCAGACGAACAAAGACUCGCUCUUUUGACAACCUGCCCAGUGCGUGUGAGCUGGGAAGCACGCUGGCUCCCAACCGCCGCUCCAGUGACCCCAGCCUCAACGAGAAGUGGCAGGACCACCGGCGCUCUCUGGAGCUCAACGUGGCGGUGGGCCCUGAGGGAGGGGGCGGUCAGGAGCCGCAGGCCGGCGGAGAGGGGCCGUGUACGGACGGACAGCAGUCGGAGCUGGGCGACGACCAGCAUCCCCGCGAAUCCCAGGCCGCGCUCCAACAGGACGCCCCGGUCAGCACAGACGGGGGAGCGGAGGAGGCGGAGCUCUCCGUGGUGGUCGGCAUGGCUGAGGGGCAAAUGGAGAACAUCCUACAGGAAGCCACGCAGGAAACGGGAGCAGAUUCACAGGGGCAGAGACCUGCUGCUGCUGCUGCUCAUACAGAAGUGAAGAAGGAAGUUGAAAGUGAGGGGGAAACUCCAACGACGCAGACGCAGAGAGAAAUGGUUACAAACGGUCACCAUCCUGACAACGGCGAGUUGGAGGCUGAGGACGAUGGGGAUUCUCCUCCUCUGCCUUCACAGGAGGAACAGGAACUCCAUCAGCAGCUGAAUGACCAAACUCAAACACCAGAGGGCGCUGUGGAGCAGAGCGUCAACUGCUUUGCUGUUAGAGAAGAGUCCAGCUCAGGAGAGCAGCCGCUGUCUGAAUCCCAUAGAACCAUUAUUAACGGCUUUGUGGGCGGGUCAUCAGAGGAGCAGGACGUAGAAGAGACCGGUCCCGCCUCAGAACCUGAGCUCGCCGUCUCAGAAUCGGACGAGCCGCUGGACAAGAGGGCGUCCCUGAUGGAGAGCUCCACAGAGACUUUAACUGAAGAAGCCUGCAGCAAACUGGAGCUUCUUCCUGGACAGCCGAGUGUUUUACCCAACCGUCAGCCACACGGCGACGGCAAGAGCCAACACCCCGGCUUCAGGAAGGACAGGGAGGCGGCCGAGCCCGGCUUCAGCAGAACUUUAAACGGGGGCAGCAAGCAUGCCUCUGUCAGUGCCUUUCAGUCUGCCAGCGCUGAGCUAAGCAGGGAAGGGCUUCACAACGGAGACUGCUCCGAUGGAGACCCCAGCGUAGGACCUCACUGGGCCAAAGGGAACGGGGAGCGGGCCCCGCUCAGCCGACAGGUGUCUCUGGCCAGCUGCAACUCCCUGGUCCUCCAUCCACGUGGCGCCUGCCUGCAGCACCGCUGCUGCCACACCGCUCCCGGCCGGGCCGCCGUCAGCCCGGAGCAGCCGACCCGCAGCCACCUGGACGACGACGGACUCACGUUGCACACGGACGCCAUCCAGCAGAGGCUGAGGCAGAUCGAGGCCGGGCACCAGAUGGAGGUGGAGACCCUGAAGAAGCAGGUGCAGGAGCUGUGGAGCCGCCUGGAGAACCAGCAAUAUGCCGGAUUGCACCGGAUCAACGGCGAUGUGGGUGACGAAGUGACCUCCAUGACCGACUCGGAGUACAACCUGGACCCAAACUGCUUGUCCCGCUGCAGCACGGAGCUCUUCUCAGAGGCCAGCUGGGAGCAGGUGGACAAGCAGGACACGGAGGUCACUCGCUGGUACCCUGAUCACCUGGCCGCUCAGUGCUACGGCUGCGAGAGCCGCUUCUGGUUGGCCGCCAGGAAGCAUCACUGCAGGUCCAAACGAACGAUAACGGGAGCCGCUGAUCGCUCAGACCCACCGUGCACGGUUUAGCCUCAGAAAUGCCUGCUAGCUGAGGACGUGAUCGCCCUCUGUCUCCCUCUGCAGGAACUGCGGCAACGUGUUCUGCGCCAGCUGUUGCGACCAAAAGAUCCCCGUGCCAAGCCAGCAGCUGUUCGAGCCGUGCCGCGUGUGUAAGAACUGCUACAGCAGCCUCCAGCUCAACUCCGCUCCCCUGGACCUCGAGCUCGAGAAACCCAUCGCGGCGAGCUCCAACUGACGGAGCGCGGAGGAACCGGACCGGGUCAGACCGAGUCGGGCCACCAGCCGCCGACACAAACGCACCGCUCAGGAGCACAGGAAGCUACGCAGAAUGUCCCGUGUGUGUGGUGGUGUGUGUGUGUGGGGGUGUGUGUUGCCCAUCUGGAGUUUAAAGUGUAUAUUUUUAGGAUGACAUGCUGGCUACGCAACAAGAACUCUGAAUGUUGGUGUCUGGAAGGGUGUGUGUGUGCGUGUGUGUGUGGGUGGGUGUGUGUGUGUGUGUGUGGCAGUGAGGAAACUGCACUUCAAGGAGCGAGAAUGGACUUCCAGGUUGCCGAGAGAAGCAAGUCUCAGUGCGGAGCUCCGUACAGCCGACAGCUCCAGCAUCUCGCCGCCACCCAGAGCUUCUGCAGACGUCACUUCUUACACUGAGCUGAAGUUUUUCCUCUGGACUCAGAAACAAAACAAACCAACAAGUGGAAAGAGAAUCUCCCUGGAUCAGAAGUCUUCACACAAAUGGUGUAAAGAAACCACUGGCACCAUUCAGGCUCCACUGUUUUUUGUUUUUUUUCCUGGUUUGCACAUUUUUCCGUCUUUUCGGUUCUUUUGUUCCAAGUGAAAUCUCAGAUUUGAGGGCUUCUUAAAGAGCGUUAAUCCAAGCUAACUUGGUCUGGUUUCUACUGAAAUGUCUUACAAGUGAAAACUAACUUCCAGGUAACUUUCCAGCUUGAUCUGAUCUUGUUUUAAGUCAAUAAUUCCUUAAUAUUAAUGAAAUGUUGGUUUCAUUAUCAGAUUAUUUUACUUACAGCAAACAUAUUUAAUCUGCCAGUGACACUUGUACAUUUUCAUCAAUAUUAAGGAACUCAAAGUCCCUACAUCUUGUAAAUUUCUGUCUUGUUUCAAAUGUACGGAGAUAUUUGCAGUAGAAACUAGACCAAAAAUCCUUAAGAAUUUGUGAUUUUGCAGUGUAAAACUCUGUAACAACAGGACUGAACCUUCAGCUCCCAGCAUGUGGGUCACUCUGCUGGUGAAAAUCCGGUUAGGAAGCGUUGGGUGUUGCAGAAGCGAUCCCUGCUGCUCUGGGAGACCAGCAGCAGGAGGAAGGGCUCUUUGUGAGAUCAGACAGCAAAAGCUUCUCUGCGGCAAAUCCUAUUCAAUGACCUCCUUGCUCACACACACACUGACACACUCUUAUUUUUUAUUUUCUUUUUUUUGUAAAAUAAAUGAAUGAGAUAAUAUAUUCAGAUACUAUUUAGCAUUUGAGAAAACUGUAUAGAAUUCUUGAAUAGUGGCUCAUUUAAUUAGUCACAUUUCUUUUUUUAUUUCUUUGUUCUCUUUUGUUAAAAUUGCACAAAAAUACCUUUUUUUUUUGCAUCCUGCCAGAAGAGGAACAGGGUUUUUUUUUUUUUUUCUAAAUAGAGAAUCCUGUUUUGAUGCUGCAGUGGUUUUCUCCUUUAAAUGCGAUUUAUUAUUUGGAGGUUAUUUAUUAAAGAGGUGUUGUUUAAAUUGCUGUUAGGAAUCCAGAUAAUUCAAUUGCUGCAGGAUAAUCAGGGGGGUGAGAGAUGGUUUUGAACUGAUUCCCACAGGCUCGUCCUUUUAGGAUCGGCUGCGUUGUUUGAUCUGUCGAUGGGGUCCUGUGACGGAGCGGAGGGGCGCCAUCUUGAAUGAAACGUUCAGCGGAUUAGCAGUAGUCGGCGUCAUCUAUGCACUGAGAAAACAGUGGCCCAAAACAAACAGCCUGAACCCAAAAUCAAAGCAUCUCAUCUUAACUUCGAUUUACGACUCCAUUCAAACCAUCUCCACACACUACCUCUGCUUUGUAAUUGUUCAUGCACACCUGACUUCUAGUUGCUCGGUGACUUUUGUCACCAACAAAGGCCUUGGUUUUUGUCAUUGUUCAAUACAUUUUCUCCUGUUUUGCUGAGUUUUAAAAUAAAAAAGGUACACACCUGAAAGAAUAGAUUAGCAUCCCAAUGAUCGUCUUGUGGUUGUUGUUUAGACAUAGGGCUGGGCGAUAAAUGGAUCUUUUUUGUUUCGUUUAUAAUGAGUACAUUUAUGGAAAAUCAAGAUUUUUUUUUUGCCACCAAAGCACUCCUUGGGUUUCCAUAGGUCUGAGUGAUGUCAUUGCGUUUCAUAAGCGUGUUCUAUGAAUUCAGGUUAACUUUACCACAGAAUGGCGUCAGACUACGAGUUUUAUUUAUUAGGCCCGAGCAACGAAGUGCUGGCGAAGGCCUAUUGAAUUUGCAGGAUUUCUUAUUAUUAUUGUUUAUUUUAUUUUUAUACAUAUAUUUUCCCGCCACUGUCCCCAGAGGAAAAUUUUUGGAUUCUGGUGAAAUCGUAAGUGGGCGUGGCCAAACUGCUCUACAGCGCCCCCUAACGUGAGUUGGGAGAAACCAUAGAGAUCUGAAACUCUGUAGUAUGUAGAUCCCCCACCCAAAUCAAGGAUAAAAGUCUCUUGGACGUAUCCUCUAAAAUGCACAAGGAGGCGGCCAUUUUGGGUCAAAGGUCAAAUUUAGCCCAUUUUUCACUUUUACUCAUGUCGAACUUUAACAAACUCCUCCUGGGAAUUUCGACCUAUCGGCUUCAUUCUUGGUCAAAAUGCAGAAAAGGCAGAGGGUUUUAAAAGUCAUCAAAACAAUUUACUUUUCGUAUAAAUUCAGGGGGCGUGGCAGAGCGGUGAACUUGGCCUACUCGACAAAACAAAUGAAACCCUAUAAUUUGACAAAAAGGUCAAUUGGCACCAAACUUGGCAUGAGUGAUCUGAUGUCGUCAUAGUCUGACGUCAUCUAAGCCCCGCCCCCUCAGAACAGGAAGUGACUUUUUUUACUUGGAAAGUUCCAUCUCUGGCUCUCUUGGCUCUCCAUCUCCCUGCCCCCUUCUAACAGGAAGUCACCUGUUUUUCUAUUUUUCUUCCUCUUAAUCUACUUCAUGCAGAUAUUAAAAUGUGUUUAAUGAAUUAGAAUAACAUGAUGAUAAAUCCUUUCAACGCUGGCUGUUGGUGGGAGCAUGUGGGCAUGGCUGCACUGCAAAUUCUAAUCCCUGUUUGCAUACGUCUCUAAAUCUGUGUUUCUCAAACUUUUUCAGGCUGAGGACCAGUUUUAACCCUUUUAAAAAGCUGUCAAAGACCACUUAAUCCAAAAUUGAACCCGCCAUAACACAUCUUAAUAUAUGAUGCAACCUGAAAUAACAAUAUUAUUCUCUCAAGUAUUUUUCUUUGUUCAUCCUAAUGAGAAGCAUGGUGCUGUUUGCUAAAUGUGGCUGGCCACAACAGACUUAAGAGGUCUACUUUGGCAUUUUGAGUUACUUACAAAAUUAAACGAAAUUGACAAUAGCCGUUUAGCCUGAAAGCAGAGCGUCAUGACUAACUGGAACAAUUCCUACCACUAAUCGUUCCAGUCGCUAUAACUCAGCCUCCUCUGAUCAAACAAGUAGUCCUGGAGUUAUUUUCUGUCCACUAGGGGGUGCCCUCGCACCACAAAUGGUCCAUGGACCACAGUUUGAGUAAGGCUGCUGUAAAUCAUACAUGCUUGCUAGGAUUGACGUUUGUUAGUUUCUAAAGAGCCCAAUAGCUUGAAUUUGCAAUUCAGAUCGACUGCGCUUGUGCGUCGUCAGGGAGCGCUGCCUAAGACGUCGGUGUGUGUCGCCUGGCGGACGGCUGCGGGAACUGCGCGAGAGCGUGGCGUUGCUGGAACCCCCACGGUCGCCACGAGGCUCGCGGCGCGCUGCGCUGCGCGAGCCACCAACGCCGCUUGCGGCUUUAAUUAGUUUAUUUAAUUGCAAAGAUAAAGUCAUAGUAUUAUAAGAAUACAGUCGAUAAUAUUCUUCUCGAAUAUUCUCCUAAUUUUACAUUAUCGUAAAAUUAAAAAUUGUAAUUUUAAAACUCCCGAAAAAUAAUAAAAUCUUUAAAUGAGGAAUGUUGAGCGCGUGGAGUUCUACUUUAAUGUUGGUUUUUCUAAUAAGGAAAUGACACAUCAGCUUUGACUUAUUAGCAGGACUUUGAAAGGGUUGAGUUUAUUUAGAAGAACCACACAGACUGACCCUUUUAACUAUAGAAGCUAUUUUCUCUAUAACGACUCUCUCCCUCGUAAUUUAAAGACAUUCUUUUGGUUAAAAAAGGAAAAAGAGGAGUCGCUUUUAUUUCCCUAAUAUUAGGACUUUAUUCUUGUCAUUAAAAAUUCUUGUAGCCUGAUACUUAUACUCCGUCGUACGUCUCACAGAAGGUCUGAUUAAAAUAAAAGCCACUUUUUUGAAAAUAUUGGUAUUUUCUUUGUAAGACCAGAAAGCGAGACAAUAAAAUCAGUGCAAAAAGGAACUGGUGUGAAAAUAAAAAUCAGAGAUUUUAUUUCCAGGUCAUAUCGCCCAGCCCCAGUUAGGUGCAGAAGCAGCAUGUUUAUUAUGAUCAGCUGAGUUGCACAAAUGUGUCUGAUCUAAGAGAGUGUGGGUCCUGAAAGCCUCGUGGUGCGUUUGCGUGUGUAAAUGAGUGGCGCGUGCUGUGGACCUGCUGCUAACAGUGCGUUAGCUCUCCUGCUGCCCUCCGGUGGGAGUGCUGCAUGUGCUUUUAUUGAACUGUGUGUACGCCCGAUAGCGGAGGACUCUUAAUUUUAACUUGUUUGAGAUAAUCUGUCAUUCUCAUUCCAAACUAUUUUGUUUAUCACUAUAUAACAUAUUUUUAAAGCAAAUUGGUCUAAGGAACAAAACGAAAUGAAAUGUAUUUUCUGGCUUUAAGAGGCCUUUGUGAGGCUAAAGCUCUUUAAUCUUCCCUCACUCCAUCAGCAGCAUCCGAUUUCCUCCCCGCUGCAGGCGUAACGAGCCGCCAUCUUACCUUAAACAAUCCAUGAAUGUGAACUGUCUAUAUUGAUGAAUGUUGCACGACAUUAAGUAGACACUGCCACAGAUCAGCUGUGACUGAAGGAGCGCUGUGCUUCUCAGUAUUGAAAGGAGCACGGUGAGAGCUGGUGCUAUGUGUGUAGGAGUGUCGCGCAACACACUUGUUGCUGCACCUUUUAUCCCCCCGACCCCAUUCCCAGAAAGUCAUCUCUGUCUGCAGAUGUUUAUUCUUCUCAGCUUACACCGACAUUCUCUAUCGGAGGCUUUGCUGCAGCGGCCCAGUAAUCACUGGACGUGUGUGUAUGCGUGUGUCAGGCAUUGCUGUGAGACUGAAUGAGUGAGUGAGUGAGUGAGUGAGUGAGUGAGUGGGGCUCUUUUGGUGGAGACUGGUGCCAAGCAGUUUAUUACGGUCUCUCACAAGGGGAUCAGUCAUGUUUUUGGUUGGUUUUACUUCUUUUCUUCUUCUCCUCUGUGUUUGACAAGGACUUUGAACCUUCUGUCUGUCAGAGGAGUGUGUAGCUGUACAUAACAAUUUCCUGUAACAACAAGUGCUCCUUGUUCAGUCUGGAUAUUUAGUUUUGUUGGAUUUACUUUAUAGAGCAUUACAUUGUUGUAGAAUUCAAAUGAAAAAUAAACUAGCUGAACCAAA